AUGCCUGGUGUGUCAGGUAACAAUGCUGUACCAGCUAUCUUCGCAUCUGGACUGGACCGUUACUUAACAUCAGGAACGGAAGCGGCGCAAAGAGUAGACUUAAUUCAAAAAAUCACUGGAGCCUUUGGUAAAUACCAGCUGUUCUUAUGCUUACUGGUAUUUGCAAGCAAAAUUCCAAUAGCUUUCCAUCAAAUGGCCAUUAUAUUCCUGGCUCCACAAACUCCAUACACUUGUGACGGCAAACCAAACGUCUGUCCGUGCCCGAAUCCAGUUUACGACAGAUCCAUAUUUAAUAACACAAUAAUAUCAGAAUGGGACUUAAUAUGUGGAAAUAGAUGGCUGACCAGCUUUUCACAGACGUUGUUCCAACUGGGUACAUUACUUGGCAGUGUCUUCUUUGGAAUGGCUUCUGACAGAUUUGGAAGAAAAAUACCAAUGCUGGUGGCUGUGGUAGUCCAAAUAGCACUUGGUAUAGGAGCAGCAUUCGCACCAAAUUAUUGGACUUUUUCAAUAAUGCGAUUAAUUGUGGGUAUAACAGUUGGUGGAACCAUGGUUAUCGGAUUUGUGAUUGUUAUGGAAUUUAUGGGACCUCAAUACAGAGACGUCGUAUCAGCAGUUUAUCAAAUCCCAUUCAAUUUGGGUCAUAUGUUACUACCCCUUUUUGGAUAUUUUUUCAGAGAUUAUUCAAAUUUUCAAUUAGCAAUAUCUUUACCCACGCUUGUAUUGCUUUCCUACUUAUGUCUUUUACCAGAAACACCAAGAUGGUUGAUAGCAGUUCACAGAACAGAUGAAGCAGUGAAAAUUUUGGAACGUGUUGCUAAAGUAAAUAAUUUACCUACAGACAAUAUUAAAACAGAAGUGGAAGCUUACGAGAGAUCUUUGAAGGGUAAUACUUUGAAGAAAGGAACGAUAGUGGAUCUCGUGCGUACACCAAACUUAAGGAAGAAUAUAAUAGUUAUGUCUAUAAACUGGCUGGCGUGCAGUUACUUUUUCUAUGGAGUAUCACAAUAUGUGGGCCAAUUGAGCGGCGACGUUUUCAUCAAUGUGGCUGCGAGUGCGAGUGUUACAUUGCUCGGCACUCUCUUCUCCAUUCCUCUUCUAAAAGCCAUAGGAAGGAAAACUAUUUUAUUAAUAUUUAACUUUGUAUCAGCUUUUUCUCUUCUAUUGCUAAUCGCUGUACCGCAAGGCGCUGCGUCAGUUAUUUGUGCUAGUAUUGGUGUAGUGGCUAGUUUUAUCGUUUUUGUUGUAGUUUAUUUAUACUGUUCAGAACUAUUUCCUACUGUAGUUCGGAAUGCCGCUCUUGGUGUAUCGUCAAUGAUGGCCAGAGUAGGAUCUAUGAUAGCUCCCUUUGUUAUUGAUUUAAAAUUAAAAGCUUACUGGCUGCCACCACUCGUGUUUGCGGUAAUGCCUCUCAUUGCUGGCAGUCUGUCUUUAUUAUUGCCAGAAACAAAAGGUUGUAAGUUGAUGACUACAAUUGAGGAAGGCGAACGAUUUGGAAAGAAAAUAAAAUCGACUUCGGAUGAAAAACGAUGA